AUAGAUUUGCUAUUUCCACAUCAUGAAAAUGAAGAAGCUCAAUGCUGUGCAUACCAUAAUGUUGACGAUUGGGUCAAACAUUGGAUACAUACAGGACAUUUGCAUAUUGGAGAUAAUAUUAAAAUGUCAAAAUCGUUAAUGAACACCAUCAGUGUUAAAGAAUUACUUAAUUCAUAUACCGCUAAUCAAUUUCGAACAUUAUGUUUAUUAUCAAAUUACAAAAGUGAUUUGGAAUUUAAUGAUAGUACAAUGGACGUAGCAUGUGGAGUAUUAAAAAAAUUUGAUUCUUUCAUCGCCAAUUGUUAUGCUCAUUUAAAUACUUACAGCAGUAAACAUAUUCCUGAUAUUACAUUAUUAAAAAAAAUGUCUGAUAUUGAAAAUGAUAUAUUAAUCAAUUUAGCAGAUAAUUUUAAUACAUCGAAAACUUUAAAUUUACUUAUUGAGCUCAUUAACACAUUCAACAAAUUACUUACAGUGGACUUCAAUUUUAAUUGUUCAAACUUGGAAGUGAUUCAAGCGUUAAAUAUAGUAUUUAAAACAUUAGAGUCAUUUGGGAUCGAUUUAACUACAACUAAGUUCAAGUCUGAUGCUGAAAAUAGUUUAGUUAUUGAUGCCGCAGUAAAUUUUAGAGCAAAACUUAGACAGUUAGCAUUAGAAUCUAAGUCUGAAAUUAAUAAACAAGAUAUACUUAAACUUUGUGAUACUUUAAGGGAUGAACUUGCUGCAGCCAACAUUAUUGUUCAAGACUCAAAGUUAUCAUCAAUGUGGAGACAUGAAAAGUAACAAAAAUACAAGCCAAAAAAAAAAUUUGACUUGAGACUUAUACAUUUUCUGUUUACUAAAAGUAAUUAUUAAAUUUAUUUUUUUGUAGUUUUGGUAUGUUGUUUGGUUUUAUUUUUAAAUAUACAUUURAGUAAAAUAUGAUAAAAAAAUACUAUUAGCAACAAUUUAAUGAAUAUGKAAGCAUUUGUAUAAUUUAGA